AUGUCCAACUUUAAUUCAACUCUAACCAGCCAGAAUACAACAACAAAUUCAGAAGUUUUACUUCUACACAGUCUUAGUUCGGUGCCAGCCGCAAAUCUGGUUGUUCCAAGUCCUGGUUCACCCGGGGCGUUUGCUGGCACCAGACACCUGUGUAACACACAGGCAAGUACAACAACGCUUAAUCAACCCGAAAACAAUACCGAUGCACCAUACCUUUCAGCACCAACGCAACCAAUCUCUAAUCGACGGACUGGCAGUAACACACCACCCACAACACCCAGAAGCCGAGCAUCAACUAGCGAAGAAACCAUCAAAACACCUUCAGAAGUUUUACUUCUACACAGUCUUAGUUCGGUGCCAGCCGCAAAUCUGGUUGUUCCAAGUCCUGGUUCACCCGGGACGUUUGCUGGCACCAGACACCUGUGUAACACACAGGCAAGUACAGCAGCGUUUAACCAAAUCGAAAACAAUACCGAUGCACCAUACCUUUCAGUACCUACCCAACCAACCUCCACAAGACGAUCAAAUAGUAAUACACCAUCAUCCACACACCGCCACAACACCAGAACAACCAGGAUUCGAGAUCCCGCUAGCGAGGAAACUCUGGUGUUGCAGUGGAAUGUAUGCGGCGCCCGCCCACGCAGAACCGAACUACAGCACCUUAUCAGCCGGUACGAUCCUGUAGUAAUCGCCCUUCAAGAACUACGCACAUCAAACCUAGACGGUACCACCUGGGGUGGUAAUCGUUCUGACAGUCGUGGGCGACUCAUUGAGCAACUCACCGCCGAAAAUGCGCUCGUCAUUCUGAACUCUUUUGAACACACCUACUUUCACCUCUCCAACGGCACAACCAGUGCAAUUGACCUUUCCAUGGCUUCUGUUUCAAUCUGCAACCGACUCUCGUGGCAAGUAGAAAACGACCUUUGUAGCAGCGACCAUUUUCCGAUUCGGGUUAUGUUUAAUAUUCCACCAAAAAAGCAAAACAGCCGCCCUCGCUGGCUAGAAAACCAAGCUGACUGGCAGCUGUUCGAAAAUACUUUGCUCGAAAUACUUCCCCACAAUACUACACCCAAUUUAACCACAAUAACCGAAGCGAUUGUCAAAUCGGCAGAGGCUAGCAUUCCUCGUACUAGUGGAAACUAUCACCGUAAAGCCGUACCAUGGUGGAACAACCAAGUACAGCAACUGAUAAAAGACCGACGACAUAAGUUGAGACAUUUACGAAAUCUUGCACCAGAUGAUAGAAUGCGCGCCGAUGCUCUUAAAAUGUUCCAAGCCUCCCGCAACGCUGCGCGCCGCGGGAUAAUGGAAGCCAAAAAAAACAGUUGGGAAAACUUUGUCGCCUCUUUCUCAUCAGAUACACCGACGUCGAUCAUGUGGCAAAAUUUUAAUCGUUUUUCGGGCAAACGAAAACCACCGAGAAUAGUACUUGAAAUUCCAGGUGGAGUAACAAAUGACCAUCAAGAAAUUGCAGACUUCCUUGGUGACCACUUUCAAAAAAUGUCAGACCAACCGCAACUGCCUUUCCCUCCCCCACCGAAAACUAACCGACGAAAUCGGAAUGACGAUUCUGAAAUGGGAAGAAAAUUUUCUAUUCAGGAGUUGUUCGUUGCAACCAAGUCCAAAAAAGGCAAAUCCGUUGGACCUGACAAUGUCAGCAACGAAAUGAUCCGACGCCUCCCGAUUGCAACAAAAAUGCAACUGCUGGACUGCUUUAACGAAUUGUGGGAGAACGGAGUUUUUCCACCCUCCUGGAAAGAAGCUAUAAUUGUACCAAUAGCAAAGGCUGGGAAAAACCCAAAAAAUGCUGAAAAUCACAGACCAAUAUCACUCACAAGCUGUAUCGGUAAAGUAAUGGAGCGUAUGGUAAACCGAAGGCUUGUUCAGUGGAUAGAAGACCGGAAGUUGUGGAGCCCUAACCAGUAUGCCUUCAGGAAAGGAAGGGGUGUAGAACAAUACCUUACAGAUCUGGAAGCCGCGUUGGACACCCCCUUUGAAAAUAAACAGCACUCAGAGCUAGCCUUACUCGAUCUUAGCAAAGCGUACGAUCUGGCACAAAGAGCACCGAUACUCACAACUCUAGCUAAAUGGGGUAUCAGCGGAAAUCUGUACAACUUCUUGCAAGACUUUUUAACCAACAGAUCAUUCAAAGUACUUGUCGGCGGAACUCUUUCUGAACUGAAAACGCAAAGAAAUGGAGUACCACAGGGAUCAGUCCUUGCUGUUACGCUUUUCUUGAUAGCUAUGGAGACGCUAUUCGUAAAAAUUCCUCGUGGAGUGCAAUCCUUCAUUUAUGCUGACGACAUAGUUCUAUUAGUAUCAGGAACACAAGUUAGAAGCAUUCGUAAAAAAUUGCAAAAAGCUGUAACAAAUGUAAUCGAUUGGGCUGAUGGAAUUAAAUUUAAAAUAUCAUCGGAAAAAUCUAAUAUUCUCCAUAUUUGCAAAAGAAGACGGCACAAAGAAGUCCCGCCAGUAACGAUAGAUGGAAAAAAUGUCCCGGAAGUAAAAAAAGCGCGAAUUCUCGGAGUAACAUUUACGAAAACCUUCAACUUUUCCUCUCAAAUAUUCGAAACCAAAGCAGCACUAGAAUCCCGUUUAAACCUUUUGCGUGCGAUUGGUGGUCGCUCUUACGGCGGCCAAAGAAAAACCCUCCUAAACAUGUAUAGUAGCAUAUGUGAGUCGAAAAUCUUUUACGCGAUUAACACCAUAGGGAGAAAAGGCAUCAACUCGCUCAAACCACUCAUGCCCAGCUACAAUGCUGGUAUACGUAUUGCAGGCGGAGCCAUGCGAAGCAGUCCUGUCCUAUCUCUUCACGCAGAAAGUGGAACACUGCCAUGGCAAUAUCGCCUAAUUGAACGCAUGGCAACAAACACCAUACGCAUGCUAGAGAAACCACAUGGUACAACAACUCCAGCCUCAGAAAGGUCCCUUCAGGCUUUUCAAACAUUAACUGGAAAACCGAUUCCCACAAUUGCUCGAUCUAGUAUGGUGUGUACGCGACCAUGGAAUUGUAUCAACCCUAACAUCGACUGGUCUAUCAAAAAUAGGUUCAAAGUAGGAGAAAGCAAUCAAAAGGCUGUUCAAUUGUUCAAAAAUCACCUGGAACAACGUUACUCAAAUCUUCUCAAGAUCUACACCGAUGGAUCAGUUGCAAACGGUCAGGUUGGCAUUGGCAUAUCAUGGAACAACAAAGAGCUUUUCUACCAACUUCCAGAAGAGUGCACUAUCUUUUCCGCAGAAGCUAUGGCAAUUCUACUAGCUCUCAAGAAAAUAGUGCAUAAAUCAAGAUACUCAGCAGUAAUCUUCUCUGAUUCAGCCAGCGUUUUGACGGCAGUGGAGUCCGGAAAGUCGUUCCAUCCUUGGGUUCAGGAGAUAGAAGAAAAGCUAAAUAAAUUUAAAAGCACUUUAUGUUGGGUCCCGGGUCACGUAGGCAUUGAAGGGAACAGCAAAGCAGAUGAAUUGGCGGGGAAAGGUAGAAGUGGAACUAGAAUGUCAGUCGAAAUUCCAGCGCACGAUACUAUUACAUGGGUGAAGUCAGAGAUAAGAUCGAAAUGGGAAGAAGAAUGGCUUAGUAAUCGGGAACUAUUUUUGAGAAGAGUAAAAAUCAACACUCUACGUUGGAACGAUAGAAGUAACCCCUUCGAGCAACGUGCCUUGACAAGGCUUAGGAUAGGGCACACGAAAUUAACGCAUCUGGAGUUCUUUACAAAAGGAAUAGUCACAUGCAACACGUGCAAUGUGCCACUCACAGUUUCCCAUAUUAUCGGAGAGUGCAGGUUGUACGCAACGGAACGGCAGAGCAGUGGAAUCGGUUACGAUUCAUCGGCAGCUUUAAACAUUACGAACGAGAACAAACUACUGGUAUUCCUGAAAAGUGCAAAAUUGUUAGAUAAACUGUAG